UCUCCUCCUCAGUAUUAUUUCUAUAUUACCUCAUUGCAGUUUACAGAUGAUUCUGCUCUUUGUACCUUACACUCCCAUUAGGGAUCAGAUCUUUCACAUGCACUAUGGACGUUCUUCUCGCUUCUUGACAAGGACAGGAGAACAUCUCGAUAUAUAUAACCAUAUUCCAGGGUCCUUCGGCUAAAGAUUAACCACAAUGGCCAGAAAAUAUAACAAGGAAAUAAAAACGAAGUAUUUUACGCCACCAAGUACAUUUGAAAACCUCUGGAUGGAAUUUCAUCAAAGCGUUGGUCACAUUAAAAAUUUAUUGCUGGGCUUCAUCAUGGCAUUGAGUAACAUACUGAAAGCCUUGUCGACCAUAUUGAGCAUUUUAUGCGACAUUAUCGAACUGCUGAUCCAUUUCGUAUUGACCGUAGCGAAUGAGAUUUGGCUGGGGUUAAAAAUAGUUCUAGUUAUGGGGGAAGCGAUAAAAGCAUUGGGUCCAGAAGAACCAAUGAAAAAACACACUCCCAGUUAUAGCAAUAUACGCUCUACAAGUCCACAUUAUAGAAACACAGGAACAGCAUUGACGGACGCCAGCAGGAAGGAUUCUCUCCAGUCUGAUCCACUCAAAAAGUAUCUUACUAUUCAUCCUGGAUCCACCAGAAAGGAUUCUCAACAGCCAGAUAACAGCAGGAAGGACUCUUUUACUGGAAAGGAUUCUUUCCAGUCUGAUCUCAGCAGAAAGGAUUUUACUACUCAACCGGUAUACUGUAGUAAGAAUUGUAACCAGCCAGGAUUUAUCAGGAAGGAUUCUUUCCAGUCAGAUCAUAUCAGGAAGGAUUCUCUCCAGUCUGAUUUAGACAAUAAAGAGUCCAGCGUGAAGAAGAAGAGAAAUUCCGUACAAUUUGAUCUCGGCAAAAACACAGUACAUUUAGAUUCCAGUUCAGACAAUGUUGUGGGGAUGGAUGUGAUCAAGAGGAAUUCUGCAACUUUUAUCCAGGAAAAGAAAUUCAUUCGGAACAAUUCUGAUGAUCCCAACUCUGUUAAAUCUCUCUCUGCCGAACAUCACAAGUCCUGGACAAAAUCUUGGCAUUAUAGGCAUCACAGCUAAUUUCAGUACAGAAUACAUACGCCAUGCCGACAAAACCAUACCUACAUUUGGUCACCAAUGGUUACCGGCAAAAUCAUAUGGCUGUUGACCAUAGCCUGUGGGUGUGCUUUUGUUGGCAUGGGGCAGUAACAGCACGGCCUUAUUUUCCCAUGAAUCCUUUUUUCCCGGUGUCUUAUAUUGAAACU